AUGGGUCAUAGUAUAUAUGCUUCAAUCUUAAGCGCGGACGACCACGAUAAAGAUAAAUUUUACGCGGAACUUCAGCUUUUAACAUCUCUAUCGAAAAAUGACAUGGAUAUAAUCGAAGGAGACUGGAAUGUAUGUUUUGAUCACGAUGCCGCCACGACAAACUCAAUGAUUGAAAAAAUACGGUAUCGAGGUCAGAUGCGCCAAUGGAGAACGCCUUCCUUGCUUUGCAGAGCUCUUUGUUAA